ACCGCCAACAUGGAGAAUUUCCAGAAACUCGGCGCUUUCGGAAAGAACAUCUCUGCUUCGUUCACGCCUUUUGCGGCGAGGACGCAGCAGUUGGUCAAGGAGACUCUUGGUCAGGAUGUAGACAAGACGCAGCUCCCCCCGGACUACAUCGAGCUCGAGAAGCGCGUAGAUGCGCUGAAGAAGGUGCACAACACUAUGCUCCAGGUCACCUCCCAGUACUCCAACGAAGCCUAUGACUACCCAACCAACAUUCGCGAGUCUUUCAACGACCUUGGCCGGACCGUCGGCGAGAAAGUUCAGCUUCUCUCCGCCGCCACCUCCCCCGCCGAAGCCCAGGCUGCCCUCACCGCACCCCCCUCCGCAAAGCCGCAGCCCAAGACCUUCAGCCACGCCGUCGCUCGCGCCGCCAUCAACAGUUCGCACACGCUGCAGGGAGAGCACUCGGGCGCUGGCGAGGACCCGCUCGCCACGGCGCUCGAGAAGUUUGCCAUUGCCAGCGAGAAGGUCGGUGAGGCCCGGCUGGCGCAGGACGCCCAGAUUCAGAGCAAGUUUCUCGCGGGCUGGAGCACGACGCUCAACACCAACAUCAUGUUUGCGACGCGCGCGCGCAAGGCGGUGGAGAACUCGCGGCUCAGCCUCGACGCAACCAAGGCGAACGUCAAGGGCGGCGCCUUCUCGCUGCCUGGCCAGAAGGCGCAGCAGCACACCCUCAACGACGAGGACCUCACCGAGGAGCAGCGCGCCAAGAUUGAGCAGGCCGAGGACGAGUUCGUCGGCCAGACCGAGGAGGCUGUCGGCGUCAUGAAGAACGUCCUCGACACCCCCGAGCCGCUCCGCAACCUCGCGGACCUCAUCGCCGCGCAGCUCGAGUACCACAAGCGCGCGUACGAGAUCCUCUCCGAGCUGGCACCCGUCGUGGACCAGCUGCAGGUCGAGCAAGAGGUGCGUCGCCAUGACUCCUCUGGUUUCUAGAAGACCCCUGCCUUGAUCUGUCGUCGUGACCAUCUACCCCUACCCAAUAGUCUAUCUUAUAUAUUCCCUUGGUGUGCCCCGAUGUUGCAGUCCAAUUCUUGUAAAGCAGACGCAGCGUACUUUCCACUGAUUACAAGCGCGUAGGCUAGCUACCGGAAGGCAAGAGAGGGUGCUUAGAUGGAGCAGGCGCGGUGUGAUUGACAGGACUGAGUGAGAAGGAGCCUGGGCUGGCCUAGCCAUUCGAUAUGGUGCCACCGCGUUGGUUGUGUAAGACAGACGCGUUUCCUUGAGUCUUGUUCGCAAGAGCGAGGGAGACUGUUAUUCCUGCGUGUUAGUUUGAAAACGCA